AAGCCCCAAAAGAAAUUCCCCUUAGCACAUCACUUUCAGCAUGAGCACCAUGGCUGGCAAAGCCCAUGGGAAGCUGGACUGCCUAGCAGGUGACACCCACCCGGGCAGGUAUAAAUAGCCACCAGCAAGGACGACCUGCUCACUUUGAUUUCCUCUAUCUCGCUGUGCACAGCUUUGCAUCUGGGGCUGGAUAUCUGAUCCCUUCACCAUGAGCUGCAGCAUCAAGAGAUCCUCCAGCACCUCGUACAGGAGCGGAGGAGGAGGUGGAGGCGCCUGCGGUGGUGGCAGCAGCGGCCGCAGCUCCUCCGUGUCCUGCCGGCGCUACGCCUCCUCCGUGAUCGGCGGUGGCAGCUACGGCGGGGCAGCCUGCGGGGGCUACGGGGGCGGCCUGAGCAUGGGCAGCCUGGCCGGGGGCUUUGGCGGGGGCUUUGCGGGCAGCUGCGGCCCUGGGGGGGACCUGCUGCUCAGCGGCAAUGAGAAGGUCACCAUGCAGAACCUCAACGACCGCCUGGCGGCUUACCUGGAGAAGGUGCGAAGGCUGGAGGAAGAGAACGCUCAGCUUGAGCACCACAUCCGGGAAUGGUACAGGAAACAAGCUCCCAAUGUUUCCAAGGACUACAGCUCCUACUACCAGACCAUUGAACAACUCCAGAAUCAGAUUAUUUCUGCCACUGUGGACAACAACAGAAUGCUUCUGGACAUCGAUAAUAGCAAGAUGACUGCCGAUGACUUCCGAAUGAAGUAUGAGAAUGAGCUGGUCAUCCGUCAGACCGUGGAGGCUGACAUCAAUGGCCUGAGAAAUCUCAUGGAUGACCUGACUCUGGUUAGAUCUUCACUGGAAUCUGAGCUGGAGACCUUGAAGGAUGAGCUGAUUGCUCUGAAGAGAAACCAUGAGGAGGAAAUGAGGCAGCUUCAGUCCCAAACUGGUGGCGAUGUGAGCGUCGAGGUCAAUGCUGCCCCUGGAGAAGACUUGACAAAGAUCCUGAAUGACCUGAGAGAUGAAUAUGAGCAGAUCAUUGCAAAGAACCGCAAGGAGGUGGAGCAGUGGUAUGAGGUCAAGAUCCAAGAAGUCAAUCAGCAGGUCACUUCCAGCAGCCAGGACAUCCAGACAAGCAGCCACCAGCUCACCGAGCUGAGGCGCGAGAUGCAGAACCUGGAGAUCGAACUGCAGGCACAGCUCAGCACGAAAGGCUCUCUGGAAAACUCCCUGGCAGAAACCGAGUCUCGCUACGGCCGCAUGCUCCAACAAAUCCAGGGGCAGAUAAACUGUAUCGAGGAGGAGCUGGCCAGCAUCCGCUGUGAGAUGGAGAGUCAGAGCCAGGAGUACAAGAUGCUCCUGGGCAUCAAGAUGCGCCUGGAGCAGGAGAUCCAGCAGUACCGGGCACUGCUGCAGGAGGGGCAGCAGGAUCUUGUAUCGUGUCAAGGAGCAACCCAAGGAGGAGGGCAGUCAAGAGUGUGUUAAGAUCCCACCGACACAUUUGGCUUCCCUGAUCCAGUCAGUGCCAUGGGAGCCCACACACGCUGUGAGCUACCCCAUGCACAGAUGGCUCUCCAAAUGCUAGUCAUGAAAUCAGAAUUAAUAAUUACUAGGCUUUUCCUUAAACUAUCUACUCCUCCCUUUUCAUACUGUCCAUCACUGUGACCACUGUGCUUACACACAAGGCUCUGAAGUGCACUUGGUUCUCUACUGAACAACAAUCCCUCAAAUAAAGCUUUACCUUUCUGCAUUGCAAAGAAAA